GCCGGGUAUAAAAUCAAUUCACACAGGCUUGUAAUCUACAACCAUCAACGGCAAGCAGCUGUCUUUCUCCUCCUGUACUCUCCACUCUCUCGUCGUCUGGUCGACCUUCGUGCCAUCGUCAAUGGCGCGACAAACGGAUCAGGGGAAGCAGCAGCAGCGGCCACCGCGGGCGUCGGUGCCGGCGUUCGGGGGGUGGGAGGGCGGCGCGCUGCCGGACUACUCGGUGGACUUCACCAAGAUCCGCGCCGCACGGAUGCAGCGACGCAGGAAGGCGCUCUCCUGGUCCAGCUUCGUCGGGAACGCCGCCAUCGCCAACGCUGCCGCGGCCGAGGCACCCGGUGCCGACGAAGACAGGGACAGGCGUCAUUGGUCCUCGGCGGCCAGCGACGGGGGAGACGACGACCGCGAGCGGCGCCACCGGCACCGGCCACGCCACCGCCGCCUCCGCAGCGACGCCGCUGAUCUCGACGACCGCCAGCCGAUCCGGCCCGGCCGCGCCGAUCCCAAGGGAAGGGGCAAGUUCAAGGGCUACCUGUUUGGUUGCGUGGGUGGACUGUGGUGAGAUCGACGUGCAUGGACUUGCGCUACCAAAAGACGCUAAAUUGAAGAAACGAAGAACACACGUAUGGAUUUGACAUGCAUUCUAAAAGAGAUUGUAUUACGACACGCCCAUUGAAAUGUCAACUCUAAGGUCAUGCCAUCGUGUGGAUGUUCAAGGAACACGUAAAUUAUCAACCAUCUAAGGUCUCUCUGCCACAUGCAUGUUUGUGUAUAAAUAUGUGCUUUUAAAUGGAUAUUAGUGUUUUAGCUGAUUUUUUGUGAUGGAGACAAUGAAUUUUUAUUGGAAGUAAACUGAGUUAUUUUGUUAAAAAGAAAGAAGGAAGCUGAAAGAUGACAACAGCGGGAGCACAAAAAAUGUGAAGUCACCUGUAGAUCAGUGGAGAAAGAUCCAAGGACGUGGAAAGAAGGUGCCAUGAGCAUGGAUGCGAAUAAACCAGGGACUGGUGCACGAAAACUUAAAAAAAUUUGGACUUUGGACAAGUCCUCAAUUUAUGCACGUCAUCCUUCGAGAGGGGUCAUGCUAAUAUU